AUGACCACGACAGCGGUAGACUUUAAGAAGAAAGAAAGUAAACGAGUUGAAGCAUGUAGGAAAAAGAGAGUGAACAAUAUGUCGGCUGAGGAAAAAUCAGAAUACAAAAGAAAGGCUGCCGAAAGGAAGAGAACAUCGCGACAGAAAAUAGUACAGGCACAUCCGCAAGUAGUCCACCUUCAACCAGUACUUCCACACCAACGUCAACUCCCCAAAAUCCAUACAAGCGUCCUCAGAGCUUUGGAAAGGCAAUUCGUAAGUCACUGAGAUCCCUGCCUGCAUCUCCAAACAAGAGACGAUGCGUUGUAGAGGGUUUGGCAAAGCGUAUUGGCCUUGCGUUAGACGAAGAGAUGUGCGCAGCUGUGGGACCAUGCGGAAGACCAGCAGUUUCCGAUGAUGUUGUGGCUUCAGUCACUCAAUUCUUCUAUCGCCCAGAUAUAUCAUAUACCAUGCCUGGAAUGAAGGAUGAAAUGAUGGUUUGGGAGCAAGGGCAGAAAACGAAAUUGAGGAAAUACUACUUGGUCUUGUUUUUGAGAGAAGCUUAUCAGGUUUAUAUCGAAUCUUUUGCUGGAGAUGAGCAUCAUGAGAUUUGCACGCCGCCGAUUUAACCGUAGGACCUGCAAAACAUCAUAUUUCUCAUCUCAGAUGAUCAAAUAACAAAAGUGUGUUCGCAUUUUUUGACAGCUAUUGUAUUUGCUUUGAUAUAAAGCAGACAAGUUGACUUACACAAAUUUUGUAUACACGGUAGAAUGAAUGCCUAUAACUCGAAAAGUAUGGCGAAAAACGCGAACAAUUGUUCUACAUUGUGGCAAAGUUUGGAAAGAAUCGGAUAAAACGUGCACGGUGCAUUAGUCUUUUUGUGAGGACAAUCUGGGAAUAUUUCAUUCUGUGUAAAAGGCUAAAAGAGAUUUUGCGGGGUUUUUCCGCUCCCUGUUGUGUUUCUCCGCCCUCUGUUCUCACUUCAAACUGUAAGCUAAUCAGAUCGAACUUCAUCAAAGUACAUUUGGCAAGGUGGUUCUGCGUCAUUUAUUGAUGAUCUAGUUUGUUAUAUAUCUAUAUCUAUAGUUAUAAGUGCGUAACAGGCAAAACAAAAACAUUAAAUAUGCCGGCAAAACGCAAAUGUAGGGAGAGCAAAGCGAAUAAGGAGCAAGAUAAAUCAGCAAAACGUAAAUGUAUCUGUGGUGCGGUGUUACAAUAUUUCUCACCUGCAUGCGGAUCCGGUAAUGAGUUCACACCAAUUAGCAGAAUGUCAAUUACAAUUACUAUUUUCGCGGCAAAACUAUUCGAAUUUAAAACAUUUUCAGUUAUAUCUCGGUCGCAUUUUAAUAUUUUUGAAAAUAAUCUUUGAGGAUCGAAAGAUUUUCAGCCCCUCAAUUCAAAUAUAUAAAAAUGUAAAAAAUGAUGGAAUCAGAGUUUUCAUCAUAUGGAGUAACCUUAAAAGUCAAUGUUUACAUUUGCAUUUCGCGUAUUUGAAAAAUCGCGGGAACGAGUGUUUCCACUCUUCAAAAAUAUUUUCGUAUUCUCUAUUACUGGGGAAUUUCUUGCUUGAACAAAAUAAAAUUAAAAUGCCCUUUCCAAAAUUGUUACAUUCCCUAACAAAGAUAAAUUUAUUUUAUUGAUACAAUAGAAACACAUAUUGAUUUAUCGGAGAUAACAGUAAGUUUUUCAGCUACUAGUGACGCGGUGACGCCGCCGUGAAAAGCAGGCUAUAUAUAGAAAACUAUAUUCCUAAAAUUGCACAUUUGAUUGAUUUGUAAUCAAACUUUUAAUGAAUAGUCAGUAUAACCCAGUUUCAUUCAAUUUUAAAGAUAGAAAAUCCGACUAUUUGGUGAAAUUCCCAUUCAAUUGAUCAAUUCCUUCGCUCACAUAUUGUUUUAUACACGCAAGCAUUCACACGCGAAUUCCACGAAACCUGUGGGACUAUCUUCGGCGUUCAGAAAUCAACCUUCGUAGUGAAUUUCCGAAGGCACCUUGGUUUGACGGAUGUCCGAUUGCGCAUUCCUAUUAGAGGUGUGCAUCGGAUCGGAUUGGACGUUUAUAAUCCGACAAUUGGCUAAUGUCUAAAACCAAUCCGAAAUUGUCUAAUCCGAAUCUGAUCCGAGUUUUGAUCAAGUUGAAAUAUUUAACCAAAUAAAUAUAAAAGCAAGAAAUAUGUGUCAAGAAGCUGACAAAGUGACAUGCAAUUGAAGUAUCAAAUGAAUGAUGCAGUGACAACCGCGAUAAUGCUUUGAUAAAUGCAUGGAUAAUUAAUUCUUGCGAUAAUGUGUGGAUAAUUAAUUAAUUUUAUUUCGGAUAUUGAAGUCCGAUCUGACUACGAAACAACUUUAUCAAUCCGAUCCGAUAUGAAUAUUUUGGUUCCGAAAUCCAAAUGAAUCGGAUCGGAUUUGCACACCUCUAAUGGCUAUGAAACGAAUGAUCACUCAAAGAGGAAAACCUGUGCGCAUACAUUCCAACAACAGUACCUACUUUGUUGGUGCAGACAGAGAACUUUGGGAUUGUUUGCACAACUGGAACCAAUCAAAGAUUAACUACGAAUUGCUGCAGCAAGGUAUUGAGUGGCACUUUAACCCACCUGCUGCCCCACAUUUUGGAGGAGUUUGGGAACAUUAAGUUCAGUCACGCAAAAGAGCUAUCAAAGCUGUCGCAGGAAACCAGACUCUGAUGGACAAAGUCUUGUUGAUGGUUAUGGCAGGAGGUGGAGAGCAUGUUAAACGGUUAGCCACUUACCCAUGUUAGCACGCACCUUUUGGAUAAGGAGGCACUGCAUCCCAAUCAUCUCCUUUUGGAAAGAUCUAACCCAAACUUCCUUAGCGUGUUUGUGGAGAAAGAGAUUUCUAGUCAGAAAUGAUGGCGUCAGGUGAAGGUUAUAGUGGAUCACAUGUGGAAACUGUGGCUAAAGGAGUAUGUCCCGAACCUUCUAGAGCAAUGUAAGAGGAAUAUGCAAAUUAGGAACGUGAAGAUAGGAGAUCUUGUCCUUGUGGUCGAUAAGGAUGCUCCGUGUGGAGCAUGGUUGUUGAGUCGUGUCACAAAGCCUAUCGUUAGAGAUUUAGGUGUAGUCCGAGCAGCUGAAGUUCAAACGAAGGAUGGAACACUUGUCCGGCCGGUUGGAAAAGUUGCACUUCUAGAAGGAGCCACUGAUUUUUAG